GGGGCCGGAGUGAGCCAGCUGCCUCCCCAGGAUCUGGGCACUGCAGAUGUGAGGGUGAGCAGCUGCUGGCCUGGCAGCGAGCCUUUUGGUCUCCUCUGGCAGGAUGGACGUGACAGGUUACGCCGAGCUGCUGAAGGAGUCCGGCAACCAGGAGUUUAGGAAUGGAAACUUCUCUUUGGCCAUCAGAAAGUACGACGAGGCCAUCCAGGUUCUCCGGCACUUAUGGAGGCCACCUGUUGUUUCUCACAGGACUCCCACGAGGGACCUGGCCGUGCUGCUCUGUAACAGAUCCAAUGCGUUUUACAGCCUUGGGAAGUGGAAAGAGGCGUUUGUCUCUGCCGAGAAAAGCCUCCAGUUCGAUCCAACCUAUGUGAAGGGAUACUACCGAGCUGGUUAUGCCUCGCUGAAGUUGCUCAAGCCUUUUGAAGCCGCUUGCAUGUUUUUUGAGGGUCUGCAACUUCUUCAGGACAACCAAGACCAAGGACAGGUUGCUGAUUUUCUUGUCGGAAUCUUCACCGUGGUGGGCAGUGAUUCUAUUGUUUUGCAAAAUUUAUUACCACGCUUUGAUCAUCUUUUCAUUAUUGGAUUCUCAACAGAAGUGUGGCAAUCUGUUAUAGAGAAGCUGGCUAAGAAAGGAUUAUGGCAGUCGUUUCUACUUUUGUCAGCGAGAAAAGUCCGACUGCCAAGUGAUAUCCACGUCCCAGGCUUAUCACUGAAAAGUCUUUUUGAGAAAUAUGUCUUCAUUGGACCCUAUGAGAAAAUGGAGCAGGUGCCCCAGUUAGUCCAGUGGCUCAUCUCCAUUGGUGCAAACAUUGAGAGUAUUGGCCCAUACCCUCUUCAUGCCCUCAUGAGACUCUGCAUCCAAGCGGGGGAAAACCACCUUUUCAGAUGGGUAAUGACCCACAAGCCGGAGUGGAAAGGCCGCAUCAACCAGAAGGACGAGGAUGACCGCACAGUCCUGCACAUUGUGGCCGCCCACUCCCCAGGAUACCUCAUCAGGCGACAGACGGAGGACGUGCAGGCACUCCUACACCUCGGGGCAGACCCCACCCUGCUGGACCGGCAGUCCCGCUCCCCUGUGGACAUCCUGAAAAGAAAUAAGAACUUCAAAGCUAUCCAGAAAAUCAACAGUCACUUGGAAAAGCUGGCUACGUGUUCCAAGGAGUUAUCAGGGCUGAGCAAUGGUGACGGACCCAUCAGCGACAGUGAGGUCUUCCAGAGAGUCUCGGAGCAGCUCGAGAAGUACAUGGACUCAGGGAACCGGUCACUACAUAAAAACUUUCUGAAGCAAGAAAUAGUUCAACGGUUCUUGCGCCUCCUUUCUUCUCUGCAAGAAAUUCCUCCUGACCUGGCCUGCAACAUUAAUCACGACUGUGCCAACGCCUUCAUCAAGUUCUUACUGGAAAAACAGAAGUGGCCUGAAGUCCUUCUCCUGCUGACGGGCAAAGCAAGCGGGAAGCCACCAUUCACAGCUGGUGUCAUCAAAGACUGCAGUCUCUCAGACCUUGACAUCUGUGCCGUCAUCCCACACCUCAGCAGCUGGGACCAGCGGAAAACGCAGCUCCUGGACUGCCUCAUCGACAGCGGAGCUUUGCCCGGGGGUUUCCAGGAGAACCAAGAAAGCCCCCUUGCCCUGUGCCUGAAACACGAGGACUUCGAGUUGGCUUUUCUACUCUUGACCAAGGGUGCGGACCCCCGUGACAUUUCUUUCAUGGAAGGCGAUACUCCUUUACAUGCAGCCCUUCGCAUCUUUUUAGACAUCAACGCUGACAUCGGCUUUAACUUCCUCAGCCACCUGUUGGACCUCUUCUUGUCCGAUCCCACCAAAUUUGACUACCUUAACCCCAACGUCCAGGAUGGCAACGGGAACACGCUGAUGCACAUCCUUUUUCAAAAGGGCAUGCUGAAGCGCAUGAAGAAGCUGAUAGACCUGCUGGCGAAAUUCGACAUCAGCUUCAACUUGAAGAACAAAGAAGGCAAAGACGCACGGCACCGGAUCAAGAAGAAUGACCCUCUGCUCUUGGCCUGGAAUAAAGCUGUGAUGGAGAGCAGGCGGAAAAACCGACAGGACUCUGCUGCCCACCUGGGGAAGCUCCCGAGGUCCGCCACCCCUGGCCGUGUGUCUCAACCCAAGUCUCAGGGUUCACUUAAGUCACUGCCGUGUGGCGUCACUGCCAACCCCCCACCAGAAGGAGCUGAGGUACCUGACAGUGGGGAGAUCAUCCCUUAUGUCCAGGAGGCAAGGCCGGAGCCUGGAGACUUCAGGCCACGCUCUCUGAGAGACCACCUGGUGCAGGACAUCAUGAUUGCGAUUCAGCAGGUUGAAUUGGAUACGUUCCUCCCGGAGCACUGUCCUCAGUGUGCUGAGCCUCUGGUGGCAGGAGCAGGCACAGAAGUAGAGAAAGAUGACUUCCAGCAAACCCCAGACUGUAGUGGGUGCAAUCUUGCCCCCUCUGAGGCGGAGGAAGGACAUGCUCAGAACGAACUUGGGGCCACGCAGCUCGUUCCUGUUGUUAACAAAGGGAGGAAGGACAGCGAGGACCAGGAGGACUGGAGCAUGCAGGACAUCGAGGCUUGCCUCCAGGACUUUGAUAACAUGACCUGGGAGAUCGAGUGCACGUCAGAGAUGCUGAAGAAACUCUCAAGUAAGGCAAUGACCAGAGUCAUGAAGAAAAAGAUCAUCCUCGCCAUCCAGCAGCUAGGGAACGGUGAGUGGACCCAGGGCCUGCAGAAGCGGCUGAAGCACCUGAAAGGAAGGAUCCGGCUCUUUGAGGCCAAGCUGGACAAAGGAGCCCGGAUGCUCUGGGAGCUGGCAAUCGACUUCUCCCCUCGAUGCAGCGAGAGCCCAGAGAAGGUCAUCGCCACAGAGCAGAACAUGAACUCUGUGGAGAAGUCGGGGCGGGUCUACACGGAAAUCAUCCGGAUUUGGGACAUCGUCCUAGAUCACUCCAAGCUGUCAGACUCCAUCACGGCCAUUUGCAGUGCCUACAACCGGGGACUGUCCUGUGUUCUGCGGAAGAAGCUGAAGGGUAUCAACAAAGGCGAGGUGUGUGCCAACAUGAAAAUCCAGAAGCGGAUACCCCGCUGCUACGUGGAAGACACAGAGGCAGAGAAGGGCAGGGAGUACGUGGAUCCUGAGUACUUCCCCCCGGCCAGCGCAGUGGAGACAGAGUACAACAUCAUGAAGUUCCACAGCUUCAGCACCAACAUGGCCUUCAACAUCCUCAACGACAUGAUGGCAAAGGUGGAGUACCCCUUCCGGGUGGGUGAGCUCGAGUAUGCAGUGAUCAACCUCAACCCCAAGCCGCUGGAGCCCAUCAUCCUCAUUGGACGAAGUGGCACUGGGAAGACAACCUGCUGCUUGUACAGGCUGUGGAAGAAAUUCCACGUUUACUGGGAGAAAGCCGAGCAGGCAGGGAGCCCAUUGCUGGCCAAACAGAUCUGGUUGAAAAGAAGGUUGGAAGUAGAAGCUGGCAAAGAGGGUCUAGAUUGGGAGGAAGAGGAGGAGGAGGAAGAGGAUGAGGAAGAGGAAGAUUCAAUCGAAGUGGUAACAGUGGACAGCAUAGGUGAGGAGCAAGAGAGCAACGCCGGUGUGGGGGGACCCGAUGGGGAGCCUGCCGGAGACGGCCAAGCAGAGGAAAUCGGUGUGCCAGAUCAUGCCCAGCAGCUGGAGCACCUGCAUCAGAUCUUCGUUACCAAGAACCACGUUCUGUGCCAGGAGGUGCAGAGGAAUUUCAUUGAGCUUUCCAAGUCUACCAAGGCCACCAGUCAUUACAAACCCCUGGAACCCAAUGUUCACAAACUCCAGGACCUGAAGGAUGAGAACUUUCCUCUGUUUGUCACUUCUAAGCAGCUUCUCCUUCUGCUUGAUGCUUCUCUGCCUGAGCCAUUUUUUCAGAGAAACGAAGACGGCAGCUUGAAAAGAACCAUCAUGGGCUGGUCCACCCAGGAAGAGAUGACCAUCUCCAACUGGCAGGAGGAUGAGGAGGAGGUGGAGGUGGAUGGGGACGAUAGCGAGGAGGAUACACCUGCAGAAGCACGCACAGGUGAGAGCGACCCCCGAGUAUACUUGACAUUUGAGGUAUUCACCAAUGAAAUAUGGCCCAAGAUAAACAAAGGGAAAACCUCCUACAACCCUGCACUGAUUUGGAAAGAAAUAAAGUCUUUUCUGAAAGGGUCUAUUGAGGCUUUCAGCUGCCCUCAUGGAAGACUUACUGAAGAAGCAUAUAAGAAAUUAGGGAAGAAACGGUCCCCCAAUUUUAAGGAAGAUCGGAGUGAGAUCUACAGCCUCUUCUGCCUAUAUCAGCAGAUCAGGUCCCAGAAAGGUUAUUUCGACGAAGAGGAUGUCCUGUACAACCUGUCCCGGAGGCUGUCGAAGCUCCAGGUGCUUCCGUGGUCCAUCCACGAACUCUAUGGUGAUGAGAUUCAGGACUUCACCCAAGCAGAGCUGGCACUGCUGAUGAAAUGUGUCAAUGACCCCAAUGCCAUGUUCCUCACCGGGGACACAGCCCAGAGCAUCAUGAGGGGCGUGGCCUUCCGCUUCAGUGACCUGCGCUCCCUAUUCCAUUACGCCAGCAGGAACACCACGGACAAGCAGUAUGCUGUUCGGAAACCCAAGAAGAUCUACCAGCUGUACCAGAAUUACAGGUCCCACUCAGGAAUCCUCAAUCUGGCGUCUGGAGUAGUGGACUUGCUUCAGUUCUAUUUCCCGGAAUCUUUUGAUCGCCUUCCGAGGGAUUCUGGCCUCUUUGAUGGCCCAAAACCAACUGUCCUGGAGUCUUGUAGCGUGAGCGACUUGGCAAUAUUGCUAAGAGGAAACAAAAGGAAAACUCAGCCCAUUGAAUUUGGAGCCCAUCAGGUGAUCCUUGUUGCCAGUGAAACAGCAAAGGAGAAAAUUCCGGAAGAGCUGGGCUUAGCACUUGUGCUAACAGUUUAUGAAGCGAAAGGCUUAGAAUUUGAUGAUGUCCUCCUUUACAACUUUUUUACUGAUUCUGAGGCUUAUAAGGAAUGGAAGAUCAUUUCAUCGUUUACGCCUCAAUUGCCUGACUCCACGGAGGAAGACCGGCCGUUCAUUGAUGUGCCCCUGGAAAAGCCAAGCUCCUCGCAGGGUCGGCCUCUCGUGCUGAAUCCAGAAAUGUACAAGCUCCUCAACGGAGAGCUGAAGCAGUUGUACACUGCCAUCACACGGGCUCGGGUCAACCUCUGGAUCUUUGACGAAAACCAAGAGAAGCGGGCGCCCGCGUUCAAAUAUUUCAUUAGAAGAAAUUUUGUCCAAGUUGUGAAAACAGACGAAAAUAAAGACUUCGACGAUAGCAUGUUCGUUAAGACUUCAACACCAGAGGAGUGGAUCAAACAAGGAGACUACUAUACCAAGCACCAGUGCUGGAAGGUUGCCGCUAAGUGUUACCAAAAAGGAGGUGCAUAUGAAAAAGAGAAGUUGGCGCUGGCCCACAUCACUGCCCUGAACAUGAAAUCCAAGAAAGUCAGCCCUAAGGAAAAGCAGUUGCAGUAUUUGGAACUGGCUAAGACCUAUUUGGAGUGCAAAGAGCCAAAGCUGUCUCUCAAGUGUCUGAGCUACAGCAGGGAGUUCCAGCUCUGCGCCCAGCUGUGUGAGAGGCUGGGAAAGAUAAAAGAUGCUGCCUAUUUCUAUAAGCGAAGCCAGUGCUACAAAGAUGCUUUUAGAUGCUUUGAACAGAUUCAAGAAUUUGAUCUAGCACUCCAAAUGUACUGCCAAGAGGAGCUUUUUGAAGAAGCUGCAAUCGCAGUGGAAAAGUACAAAGAGAUGCUGAAGGCCAAGACCCUUCCCCAUUCCAAGCUGUCCUGUUCCGCCAGUCAGUUUUACUUGGAAGCUGCAGCAAAACACCUGAGUGCCAAUAAGAUCAAGGAAAUGAUGACUGUCCUCUCAAAGCUGGACAUAGAAGACCAGCUGGUAUUCCUGAAGUCUCGGAAACGGCUCGCAGAAGCUGCAGACCUGCUGAACAGGGAAGGCCGGAGAGAGGACGCUGCCCUGCUGAUGAAGCAACAUGGCUGCCUCCUAGAAGCUGCCAGGCUCACUGCCAACAAAGACUUCCAGGCCUCAUGCCUGCUGGGGGCAGCGCGCCUCAACGUGGCCAGGGAUUCUGACGUAGAAAACACCAAGGCCAUUCUGCAAGAAGCCCUUGAUCUCUGUAGUCAAACCAACCAGUUGUCUGGCAUUGCUGAGGCCCAGUUCCUGCAGGGAGUAAUCCUGAGAGACUUUCAGAAGCUCAAAGCUGCCUUCCUCCAGUUUGACGAGCUCAACCACUCGGCCGGCAUGGUAGAAGCACUCUACAAGGCGGCCAGCCACUGUGAGGCUGAGCCUGAGAAAGUCCUGGCCCUGGCCCCAGGGGGCUUGGAAGUCCUCCUCAAUCUGGUGAGGGCUCUCAAAAGGGUGACCAACAAUGCUGAGAAGGAAAUGGUCAAAUCUUGCUUUGAGUUUUUUGGGAUUUCUGAGGUGGAUGCCAAAUAUUGCCAGAUAACUCAGAACAACCUUGGACCCAUAUUAAACAUUUUUGACCUGGAUUCAAACUUGAGAGAGAAGAAAACAGAAGACCACUUCUUGAUAACGACUGACCGAGUGAAAUUAGCAUUAAACAAACACCUUUUGAGCAGGCUGUGUCAGAUCACACAGAGCCUGCUUGGGAAGACCUACCCGGGGGUCUGUACGAAGUUUAUUGUAGGCUUAACGUGUGAGGACAAAAACUGUGAAGACUUCCACAGGCCCUUGCGGCGCUGUGAGGCCAGGUGUUUGGUUCAGUCAAAAAUACACCUGGUGGCAAUCAACGGAUUGCUUUUGGAAGCCAAGAAAGUAUUCCCCAAAACCUUAGCUAAAGAACUUGGAGAAAUUGAUUACAUUUUGUCUACAGAAUCCACAGAUGUGUACGGCCUUUGCAAAUCCUUCCUGAAUGUCACCUUCCCCAAGCAUUUCCAUCAGAGAGUGUUAUCAGAAAAUCCCAUGGCGUGCAAAGAAAUCUUCAAACCCAGUUACAAAUCAUUCCGAUCCUACAGGUCCGCUUUGAAAGAGUGCAUCCACUUUCUGUUUGAAAAGGAAAGCGCCGAGAACCGACGGGCAUCCACAGACCUGUGGCUGGGUGCCAUGCAGGCUUUCUUCAUCUCCUCCAACUACCCGGAAGAGUUUGAAAAGCUGCUCCGCCGGGAGGAGGACAACUACCACAGGGAACUCAAGGCCCUGGAGUCGGAAAAAGAGGAGAGGGGCAGGGGCAGGGGCAGGGGCAGCAGAAUGAAAGGAAUAGAAGGGAAGUUUGGCAUGCUGGUGACCAACAAGGGUGACGACAGCGCAGAGAAGACCCACGUGUGCUUUAUCCGGCUGCUGGAGAAUUGCGUCGAUCAGUUGUACGUGCACAGGAACCCUGAAAACUACAAGAGGCUCUUCUUCCGUUUCAUGAAUGUCCUUGUUAAGAGGUGCAAAGAACCCCUCAUUCCCGGCAUUGGAAACACGGUGGCCCUGCUGGAGACCCAGUUUGUCCACUGUGGGGCAGUGCUGGCCCGCCUCUGGAAGAAUGCUGUCCUCUGCCUUCCCAGGAGCUACAUCUCGCUCUUGCACUACUGGGAGUUCCUGUGCAGCAAGAAGGGCAAGGAGCCCCGGGACGUCUUCUCCAUCAUUCAGGAAUACAAACCCAAGGACACGACCAGAGCCAUUCAGAAUUUCCGCUUCCACCUCUCCUACCUUGUCAAGGUGCUGUGCGGCGAGGAGAACGAGAACUUCAACGUCCUGCUUGAUGCCUUUGGUGAAAUAGACUAUGUGGUCUCCGGUGAGGCAGAGCGGACGCUGGUUCUGUGCUUGGUGAUGCUGGUGAACACUGAGGGCAUUCUGCUGCAGACCUGCAGGCCUCUUCUGUGCCGCCACUUCCAGGAGAUCGAGAGUCAGCUGCAGCAGAUGACCGUGAACUUCCCGGGCCAGGUUCCUGAGAGGCUUCUCAGAGUGGUGAGACGGUUGUUGGUGGCGGUCGACGUGAAGUCCAUGGCUGAGGCCCUGCAGGACUUGCUCUUUGACCGGGAUGAAGAGUACCUGAUGGACUGCCACUGGCGGUGGGACAGUGUGCACGCCAAAGGCCCCGUGAUCCGCGGCCUUUAUCACGAGGAGGUCAAACUAAACCGCUUGGCCUGUGUGGACCAUGUGAAUGGUUUUGCUGAACCAGCGCGUGAGUUUGAUCAGGAAGAGACGGAUGAGCUGGUGUUAGAAGACCAAGACAACCUGUUCGCCGCCAUCCUUUCCCAGAACCAGUGGAAGGCUUCCAUCCAGCGCAAGCUGAGAAGAGUGUGCCUGGUGGUGUCUCUGUGCAUCAGCUGGAGGAGAAGGGUGAGUGCCCAGGCAGAGCACAGCAAGGAGGAGACCAGGGAGCCUGGCGCUGGGAACUUCAAAAAGGCCGACGUCGACAGGACCCAGUGCGACCUGUGUGGAGUGAAGUUCAUCCAGGGUCCUGAGAACUACUUCAACCCCAGUGAAGCAUUUGAAGAGGUGACUUCAGAGGCUACGGCCCUUUCCAGGGCUGAACUGAAAGGGAAAGAGGGGCUGGAGAGGAACAGCGAGUCUUACGAGCAGCAUCUUGGCCUAGAAAGCCACCAGAGGCAGCAAGUGGCCUACCAGGAAUAUGCUGAGUUUUUCCGUGAGAAGGUGGACCCGGCCAUUGAGAAAGGCAAGCUGGUGGUGCAGGACAUGGAGCAGAGCCUGUGGAUCCACAGCCACCUGGGCUCGAAAGAGCACAGCCAUAUGCUGCAGGGGAAGGUCCAGGAGAACAUCAAGAAGGUUCUGGAUAUGGUGGAGGAGCUCUACAGGCAGAAGGCCUGGGAUGAUGGGCAGAAAGUGAUGACUGGGCUGGUCGACAUUCUGAUCCCAUCAGUCAGGAAUGCUCAGGAAUGGCUGAGGAAAACGGAGCUCUCCUUAAAGGAGGAUGGUAUCGUUCAGGAGGAUGAAUAUGAAAAUGAAGUGGAAGACUUUGUCGAGCUGCGUCCUAUAAGGCGUGCACGAAAAUGCGGAAAGCAGAGAAAACACUAACGUCCACACAGCUGGUGCCUCAUACAUCUUCAGAACAUUCCAUCCUGACUUAGAAUUCUGAGCGCUGGAGCAGAAGGAAUAGGCACGUAAAUAAGCAGCAAAAAAAAAAAAAACGUAGGGAUGUCUGAGAAUGCCUUUGCUUUUUGCUUUUGUUUCUUUUUUCAUAGUGGCUUAGGGUGUGAAACCCUGGGGGUACAGUGCUUAAGAGCUGCGGCUGCUAACCAAAAGGGUGGCAGUUCAGAUCCACCAGCUGCUCCUUGGAAAAUGUAUGGGGCAGUUCUACUCUGUCCCAUAGGGUCGCAAUGAGUCGGAAUGGACUCAACAGCAAUGGGUUUGGGUUUUUUUUUUUUUAGGGUGCAAUUGCUCCUUCAUCUGCAGGGACCCUUGUAAGUGCUUUCCAAGUUCAAGUCUAGCAGUAUCAGCCACCCCCUUCCAAAAGCCUUCAAGUCAGAGGAACUAGAGUUGAAGGCAACGUUAGGACUCCUCACCUGAAACCACCAGGUCCUUUGGCUCGUUGCCAUCACGACAUGAGUCUGUAACAGGAGACGUGGUGUUGAAGGCACAUGCCCCUCAUCUCAGAAGAGCCCAGGUGGCACAGUGGUUAAGUGCUUGGCUACUACCUGAAAGGUUGGCAGUUUGAACCCACCCAGCAGCUCCAUGGGAGAAAGACCUGGUGACCUGCUUCUGUAAAGACGACAGCCUAGGAAACCCAAUGGGGGCAGUUCUACUCUGUCAUAUGGGAUCUCUAUGAGUUGAAAAUCGGCUAGACUGCUCCUAACAACAACAUCCCUUUUCUCAGAGUUGCUGCCUCUCUGGGCUGGGAAAUUCCCCCUCAGAUUCCCUCUCCCCCUGUCACAGUACUGCAGGAUCAAGUAGUGUGAGAGCAGUGUGGGCCAGGGUCAAUGCCGGCCCUGCCAUCAGCCCCUCUGACUCCAGGCCAACGUCGAGUACUAUGAGAGCUGUGUGGGCCAGGGUCCAUACUGUCCCUGCCACCAGCUACCCUGACCUCAGGCCAACAUCAAAUACUAUGAGAGCUGUGUGGGCCAGGGUCCAUGUUGUCCCUGCCACCAGCCAGCCCGACCCCAGGCCAACAUCAAAUACUAUGAGAGCUGUGUGGGCCAGGGUCCAUACUGUCCCUGCCACCAGCUACCCUGACCUCAAGCCAACAUCGAGUACUAUGAGAGCUGUGUGGGCCAGGGUCCAUGCUGUCCCUGCCACCGGCCACCCUGACCUCAGGCCAAUAUCAAGUACUAUGAGAGCUGUGUGGGCCAGGGUCCGUGCUGACCCUGUCACCAGCCAGUCUGACCCCAGGCCACAGUCUGGUCAUCUCUGCACCCACUUGCACCCUAGUUCCUCCAUUAUAUAUGUUAGCCUUCUUUCUUUGUGGGAACUUUUUAUACCCCUGCCUCCCUUCCCCCCAUUUUUUGUGAUCAUUCUCAGCUAUGUACUCUUCCCCUAGAGGGAAAGGCUGGGGAAUGUGGCCUGGCGGUUGUUGGCCUGCCUCUCCCAGGUGGUCCUAACUCUGCCUUGGUGAUGGUGCAGACAUUGCAAACAGUGUCGUGUGUGCAGCCAUGUUCGUCUAGCUUUCCCGGCCCUCCCUGGCAAGCUUGCCAUCCUAGGUUGACAUUGUAAUGAGCCUCUGUCGGCUGAAUUUACCUCAGUGGGGCAGAAACCUGCAGAGCUACAGGUCAGGAACCAGUGGACAGGGAGGAAGCCAGCCGUCCAUGCUAAUCCACCGGGGUUUGGCUGUGAAUCAUUGCCACUUAGCUGGUAGGUCCUGUGAGAGGAGGAGGAGGGAGGGAGUGGACCCUUUCACAGGAGGUUACCUCUCCGGAACCCCCAGGCCAGCAGCCCUCAGUACGGUCCCCUGUGGGAAGCCUUCAUGCCUCCCUCAUGGUUUCUGCCCCCCUUGGCCCUACCUGCAGCUCAGCUUGGUGCCAAAGGUCAGGCUCACCUUGAUCCUUAAUUGUUUGGUCCUUACAACAGAACCACCUUCCUCCCGCUGUGGCUGCUCCUGGUUUUCUCACCGAUGUAUUUCAGAAUGACUCUGUUUUCUUGAAAUGUUUAUGCUUCUAAUUUUUAUUAGGUUGUGUUUCUAAUUUUUAUUCCAGGUGUUUUUUUAUAAACUUGUCAGGGGGGAAAAAAAAAAGCCUAUCAAAUCUUGCUGUAUUAAUCACAUUUUUAUAAAGUUAAAUCCUUUGUCUUA